UCCACCAGUCACAGCCACCGCCACCAUGCCCGGGAGGCCCUGGGAGCUGCACCUGCUGCUUCUGCUGGGGCUGGGGCUGAGGGCCCAGGAGGCCCUGCCCCCACCCUGCGAGAGCCAGGUGUACUGUCAUGGGGAGCUCCUGCACGCGAUCCAGAUGGCCAAGCUCUACCCGGACGACAAGCAGUUUGUGGACAUGUCCCUGUCCACGGCUCCAGACCAAGUGCUCCGCCGCUUCAGGGAGCUGGCCGAGGCCCACAACCACAGCGUCCCCGCGCCGCAGCUACGCGAGUUCGUCCAGCAGCACUUCCGGCCUGUGGGGCAGGAGCUGGAGGCGUGGUCCCCCGAGGACUGGCACGGCAGCCCCCGGUUCCUGCAGAGGAUCGCCGAUGCCAGGCUGCGCGCCUGGGCGGAGCAGCUGCACCACAUCUGGAGGAAGCUGGGGAAGAAGAUAAAGCCAGAGGUUCUCAGCCAGCCCGAGCGCUUCUCGCUCCUUUACUCCCCACACCCCUUCAUUGUGCCUGGCGGCCGCUUUGUAGAAUUCUACUACUGGGACUCGUACUGGGUCAUGGAGGGUCUGCUCCUGUCUGAGAUGGUGCAGACGGUGGCCGGCAUGCUGCAGAACUUCCUGGGCCUGGUGAAGACCUAUGGGCACAUCCCCAACGGCGGGCGCGUGUACUACCUGCAGAGGAGCCAGCCCCCGCUCCUGGCGCUCAUGAUGGACCGAUACAUGGACGCCACCCACAACGUCACCUUCCUGCGGGAGAACAUCCAGACGCUGGCCUUGGAGCUGGACUUCUGGGCUGUCAACAGGAGCGUCUCUGUGCGCGUGGGAGGGCAGAGCUACAACCUGAACCGCUAUUCCGUUGCUUACGGGGGACCCAGGCCGGAGUCCUACAGCAAAGACGCGGAACUGGCAGACACAGUGCCAGAAGGGAGCCGAGAGGCUCUGUGGGCCGAGCUGAAGGCUGGGGCCGAGUCUGGGUGGGACUUCUCUUCACGCUGGCUCGUUGGAGGCCCAAACCCUCACUUGCUCAGCAGCAUCCGAACCAGCAAACUGGUGCCGGUGGACCUGAAUGCCUUCCUGUGCCAGGCAGAGGAGCUCAUGGGCAAAUUCUACUCUUUGCUAGGGAACGACGCCCAGGCCACCAAGUACAGGAACCUGCGGGCCCAGCGCAUGGCCGCCAUGCAGGCCGUCCUCUGGCAGGAGCAGAAAGGAGCCUGGUUCGACUAUGACUUAGAAAAUGGCAGGAACAACUUGGAGUUUUACCCAUCCAACCUCACCCCGCUCUGGGCCGGCUGCUUCUCUGACUCCAGCAUCCCAGACAAGGCUCUGAAAUACCUGGAGGACAGCCAAAUCCUGACCUACCAGCAUGGGAUCCCGACCUCCCUCCUCAACACAGGCCAGCAGUGGGACUUCCCCAAUGGCUGGGCCCCCCUCCAGGACCUGGUCAUCAGAGGCUUGACCAAGUCAGUGUCCCCUCGGACCCAAGAAGUGGCUUUCCAGCUGGCCCAGCACUGGAUCAGAACCAACUUUGACGUCUACUCCCAAAAGUCAGCCAUGUAUGAGAAGUAUGACGUCAGCAGCGGUGGACAGCCAGGUGGUGGAGGGGAGUAUGAAGUUCAGGAGGGGUUUGGCUGGACCAAUGGUGUGGCCCUGAUGCUCCUGGACCGCUAUGGGGACCGGCUGACCUCAGGGGCCCCGCUGGCUCUCCAGGUGCCCUGCUGUCUGGUGGCUACGCUUCUGCUCAGCUUCCUGCCUCAGUGGCCCUGAAAGUGAGGACAAGGACAGCCUUCCUGUGCAUGCUCUCCUGGCCUCAGUUCCUUCCUCAUUAAACAGGUCCUUCCUCCCAUCUGGGGGCUCUCCUGUC